AUGGAAGGAGCAGGCGAGGAGAAGCCGCACGCCGUGUGCCUGCCGUUCCCGGCGCAGGGGCACAUCACCCCGAUGCUCGGCGUGGCCAACCUGCUCCACGCGCACGGCUUCCACGUCACCUUCGUCAACUCCGAGUACAACCACGCCCGCCUCGUUCGCACACGGGGCGCCAAUGCGCUGGCUGGCUCCCCGGGCUUUCACUUUGCCACCAUCCCUGAUGGCAUGCCACAUCCGUCGGGCGCCGUGGAUGAUGAUGUCACGCAGGACAUCCCCUCGCUUUGCAAGUCCACCUUGGAGACUUGCCUCGGCCCCUUCCGCCGCCUUCUCACCGAGUUCAAUGGUGCGGCCUCCAUAGAGGACCACCCAGUCGUGACUUGCAUCGUCUCGGACCUCACCAUGUGUUUCGCCAUGGAUGCCGCCAAAGAGCUAGACGUCCCCUAUGUCCAGCUUUGGACGGCCAGCACCGUUAGCUAUCUCGGAUUCCGUUAUUUCCGUCUCCUCAUUGACCGUGGCAUCGUCCCACUUCAAGAUGAGAAACAGCUUACGGAUGGAUACCUUGAUACCCCACUAGAGUAUCUACCGGGGCUGAGGAACAUGAGGCUCAGGGACUUCCCGAGCUUCAUCCUGAACCCAGAUGACUACAUGGUGGAGUAUUCCAUCAAAGUAACCGAGAGUGCGCCCGGGGCUUCCGCCGUAAUCGUCAACAGCUUUGAUGACCUCGAGGGCGAGGCAGUGGAGGCCAUGGAAGCGCUCCUUGGCAGACCCAAGGUCUACACGAUCGGCCCGCUCACUCUGCUAGCCCCGCGCUUGACAAGUACCGUCGGUAGCCUCAGCCUGUGGAAGGAGCAGGAGGAGUGCCUGCAGUGGCUCCACGGCAAGGAGCCCGCCUCCGUCGUCUACGUAAACUUUGCAAGCAUCACGGUCAUGACCAAGGAGCAGCUCCUGGAGUUCGCGUGGGGGCUGGCGAACAGCGGCAGGCAGUUCAUGUGGAUCAUCCGUCGCGAUCUCGUCAGGGGCGAUGCGGCGGUGCUUCCUCCUGAGUUCAUGGCAGAGAUGGCAGGCCGUGGGUUCAUGGCGUCCUGGUGCCCGCAGCAGGAGGUGCUGAACCACCCGGCUGUAGGCGUGUUCUUGACACACAGCGGCUGGAACUCGACAAUGGAUAGCAUGUGCGGCAGCGUGCCAGUCAUCAGUUGGCCCUUCUUCUCGGACCAGCUUACCAACUAUCGGUACCAAUGCAACGAGUGGGGCGUCGGCAUGGAGAUCGGCAACAACGUCCAGCGCAACGCCGUCACAGGCCUUAUCACGGAACUCAUGCAGGGUGAGAGUGGAAAGAAGAUGAGGAAGAGGGCAGAGGAAUGGCAGGAGAAGGCAAUCUUGGCGGCCAAGCCCGGCGGUUCAUCUCACCGCAAUUUAAAAGAGCUCCUCUGUGAUGUACUUUUGCCUAAGAAAUAG